AAUAAUCACCAUACUUGUUGCUUGUAUCACACCUCUAGCUAGUUAUACCAAAAUCUUGCAUUUACUUCUUGUAAUUCAAUUCUCGGCUUUCAUUCGAUUUUGUUGAAUUUUGUUCUCGGAGCAUUGCCACAAAUGGGGAUAGCAGAAGCAUGCUCCAGGAUUAUUGGAGACUUUUUACAAGCUUUUAGAUGUUCACAACAAAGCUCAGAGCCUCAAGCUGAUCACAACCAACCUCCCUGCAAGCCCCAGAAUGUGCUCAAACUGGAUGACCAGAUGGUCAGUGCUCUCAUCACUGUCUUCGGCAUGGAAAACAAUGGAAGAAUCAAGAAGGAAACUGCUCGGCAAGUGGUAGAGAAGCUCGGUUUGCUAUAUGGUUCAGAGGAGGAGAAGCCCUCAGGGUUCGAGCUGCCUGACCAUGGAGGCUUAGAAGAUGAUGAAGUGCCUGUGGAAGAAGUUCUCAAUGGAUUGGAAGACAUGUCAAAGCGCAGCGAGCUAUUACACAAGGCCUUCAAAAUCUUCGAUGAAGAUGGAGAUGGGUACAUAGAUGCAAUGGAGUUGAAGAGGGUUCUGGAUUGCUUGGGUUUGGAUAAAGGUUGGGACAUGAGCACCAUUGAGAAAAUGGUGGAUGUUGCAGAUUUGAACUUUGAUGGCAAGGUUGAUUUCAGUGAGUUUGAGUUGAUGAUGGGGUAGGUAGCGGUUUAUUCAUUUUGCUUUUAGGAAUAAAAUUAUUAAUCAUCAGCCAAUUAAUUGUAUAUUACUUGCUUCCACAGUCCUCACUCCUCAGGAUGAAAACUUGAAGAUGGAUUUUUUACUUUCCAAUUGAUUGGUUCAAAGGAAAAGCCAUUUGAUUUA